CCUGGGGGGAGGGUGGGGAAGCUUCUUAGGGAUUAAAAAGGAAGGUCUGGCCAGGGGUCCCAGGGCAGAGGAUUCUGGCGGCCCACACGGCAGGGCAGAGGCAACUCUCCGUCCUCUCCCUCCUUCCCAUCCGCGACUCCCAGCCCAGGUCCCGGCCAUGAGACCGCACCUCCACCUCUCCGUCGCCUCUGGCGCUCGGGCUCUGGUGAAGCUGCUGCUGCAGUUACUGAUGACGCAACUCUGGGCAGCGGAGGCGCUGCUGCUACCCGGAAACGAUACCAGCUUGGACCCCGCAGCCUCUGGCGCCCCGUGCGCGCGCGGCUCACAGCCCUGGCAGGUUUCCCUCUUCAACGGACUCUCGUUCCACUGCGCGGGCGUCCUGGUGGACCAGAAUUGGGUGCUCACGGCCGCGCAUUGCUGGAACAACAAGCCACUGUGGGCUCGAGUUGGGGAUGACCACCUACUGCUUCUCCAGGGCGAGCAGCUCCGCCGGACCAUCCACUCUGUUAUCCACCCCAAAUACCACCAAGGCUCAGGCCCCAUCCUGCCGAGGCGAACAGACGAGCAUGACCUCAUGCUGCUGAAGCUGGCCAGGUCUGCCGUGCUGGGGCCGCGUGUCCAGAUCCUGCGGCUGCCCUAUCGCUGUGCCCAACCCGGAGACCAGUGCCAUGUGGCUGGCUGGGGUACCACAGCCACCCGCAGAGUGAAGUACAACAAGGGCCUGAGCUGCUCCAGGGUCACUCUCCUGAGCCCUAAACAGUGUGAGGUCUUCUAUCCUGGUGUGGUCACCAACAACAUGCUAUGUGCUGGACUGGACCAGGGCCAGGACCCUUGCCAGAGUGACUCGGGUGGCCCCCUGGUCUGUGAUGAGACACUGCACGGCAUCCUCUCAUGGGGCGUUUAUCCCUGCGGCUCUGCCCAGCAUCCAGCUGUCUACACCCAGAUCUGCAAAUACAGCCCCUGGAUCAAGAAGAUCAUAAGCUCCCACUGAUUCAGAUGCUCAGAAAUCCCUUCACCAUCUGUCUUCUUCCCUGUACUACUUGAACCUCUGCCACCAUCCACACCUAUUAAUGUCUCUCUUCUUCCCUCAUCUCCUUGCCCCUUCCCGUUCUCUUGUUGCACUAAAGCCAAAGUGGUGGCAAAGGUUUAUUCAGGAAAACAAGGAAGCUGGUGGCCACUGAGAAGUUAGUAGAGUCACCCAACCUGGCUUCCUCUACCACUCCCUGCUGUGUGACCUUGGGCAAGCCAAGUACCCUCUCUGUGCCUCAGUUUCCUCACUUGCAAAAUGGGGACAAUGAAGUGCCUACCUCUUA